AUGCGUUUCUCCAUCCCCACCGUCUUCUCCGCCCUCGUGGCUCUGGCUGCUGCUGCCACCACUCCUGACUACACCAAGGACCCCUCCGGCAACGCCAUCAUCUAUCCUGGUCUGAACGAGAUCGUGCCCGAGGGUAAGGUCUACACCAUCAAGUGGGAGCCUACCACCGUCGGCCCCAUCUCUCUGAUCCUCCUGCGCGGUCCUACCGAGAACGUCCAGCCCCUCAAGACUCUCGCUGAGUCCAUCCCCAACAGCGGCGAGUUCAAGUGGACCCCUGGUUCUGAUCUUGAGGCCGACGUCACCCACUACGGUCUGCUCCUUGUUGUCGAGGGUACCGGCCAGUACCAGUACUCCACCCAGUUCGGUAUCUCCGCAGCUCCUGGCUCCGGUUCCGCUUCCAGCUCCACCACCAAGGCUACCGCGACCUCCACCUCUGAGGCUACUGCUCCUACCUCGUCCACCGUCAUUGAGAGCACCGUGAUCACCACCACCAUCUGCCCUGAGACCGAGACCACUGCUGCUGCCACCACCACCUCCGCUCCUCAGUUCACCAAGACCGGUGUCUCCCCCGUCGGCCCUCCCACCAGCCGUCCCUGGACUUCCAUCCCUCUCACCACCAGCGUCGCUCCCACCAGCACCACCUCCGCUACUCCUUCGGCUUCCUCCCCUGUCUUCAACGGCGCGGGUCGCAACGCCAUCAGCGUCGGUGCCGUCAUGGCCGGUGUUGUCGCUGCUUUCGCCCUUUAA